AUGUCUCUCCGCAUCGGAAACGUCGAUGUUGUCCUGGGUUCGACCAUCACUCCUGGAGACAAGGGUAGCCUGCCCUACGCUCCUUUCAACCCUUCCAUCAAAGAGCUAUCCCAGGGUCACCGCCUCAGUCCCGAGCACAAAGCAUUUGAAGUCGACACCAUCUUUGAAAAGGACAUCACUUUGCCUAUGCGCGAUGGCGUUAAACUGUAUGCUGAUGUUUUCCGCCCCAAGACCAAUGAGAAGGUCCCUGCGAUCCUGAUUUGGAGUCCAUAUGGAAAGACGGGCAAUGGUCCCAACUCGCUUGAUAUGCUCCCUGGAAGAUUUGGUGUUCCGCAAAACCGCGUCAGUGGCUAUGAAAAGUUUGAGGGUCUUGAUCCCGCCCUUUGGUCUGCUAGAGGCUAUGCCAUUAUCAACGCAGACUUGAGAGGCUCUUGGGAUUCGGAGGGCAUCGUUCCAUGGCUCGGGGCCCAAGAUGGCAAAGACGGCUAUGAUGCUAUCGAGCACAUCGCCAAGCUGGACUGGUGCACUGGAAAGGUUGCCCUCGCAGGUAAUAGUUGGCUUGCCAUGGUCCAAUGGCACAUCGCCGCUCAGCGGCCUCCAUCACUUGCCGCCAUUGCUCCGUGGGAGGGUGCUGCUGACUUCUACCGGGAUACUCUCUGUCGUGGCGGUAUCCCAUACCCAUACGACACCAUGUGGGGAUUUCUCCAGACUACUAUGGUUGGCCGAAACGGCAGUGAGGCCGCUGUUGAUAUGUUGGAUAAGUACCCGCUGUUUAACGACUAUUGGGAGGAUAAGCGGGCCAAGCUCGAGAAUAUCAAGGUCCCGGCCUAUAUCCUCGCAAGUUACUCCAGCUCCCUCCACACAACCGGAUCAAUCCGCGCCUACCACUCUUUGGAUUCCAAGGAUAAGUGGCUGCGAAUCCACCCCAAGCAGGAGUGGUCAGAUUUGUAUGACCCAGCAAACACAGACGACUUGACCAAAUUUUUCGACUUCUAUCUGAAAGGAAAGCAUAAUGACUGGUUAAGCACGCCUCGGAUUCGAAUCUCAAUUCUCGGCUUUAACAAGCCUCCUGUUGUUCACCUUCCACUCGAAUCGUUCCCCCUUCCGCAAACAAAGCACACCAAGCUCUACCUAUCUGCCGACGAAAAGCUUGUGUUAAGCCCGACUAGCCAAGCUGGGUCUGCUUCGUAUGAUGCCGAGUUUGUGCCCAAAGGGCCACUUGCCGGUGGCGAAGAGCUCAACUUCAAGUAUAGGUUGACGAAGAAGACGUGGCUGCUAGGAUAUUCCUGGCUUGUCCUCAACAUUGAGAACAAGAGCGAAGACGAAAUUGACGUCUUUGUGCAGUUGGGAAAGGCCGAUGCUUCUGGGAAGCCACUGGUGAACAUGAAUGUGCCGCUUAACGAGCAGAUUCCUCCGCUGAAGCACCAUUCCGAGGCUGCGGACUCAUGCUUCCUCAAGUAUCUAGGGCCUACUGGCAGUCUUCGAGGAAGUCACGCUGCAACCAAGGUUGUCCCAGAGUCUGCUAAAUUUACUGGCGAGUGGCCAGAGUAUACCAACACCACCACAAAGGCGAUUCCAGCUGGCACUGUCACCAAACUCGAGGUCCCUAUUUGGCCUAGCGGAAUCAUUUUCGAUGAGGGAGAGUACUUAACUCUCAAGGUAUCUGGUCAUUACAUGAGCUUUAUGGAAUUUCCCGCCAUGUUUGGCGCUUCGCAUAAGAACAAAGGUCGUCAUACUGUUCACUUUGGGGCGAGUCUAGAUAGCCAUCUCGUGGUUCCAUUAUUGGAUCCCGUGGUGAACUAA